GAGCCGAGCCGAGCCGAGCUGGCGUCGAUCGUUCCCUGCCGUCGCGGCGCAGCGCAGCGCGGUACCGCAGCGCCCGGCGGGGCGGCAGCAGCGGCAGCCCGAGAGCCCGUCCGCGCCUGACGCAGGGGAAGACGAUGAAGCUGUAGAGAUGCUUCCCUACGUGAUCGCCACCCUGGGCUCAGCAGGGGCCACCUGCAAAACCUCCACAUGCAGCAACAGCACCAAGGACUACUGCUACAGUGCCCGCAUCCGCAGCACAGUGCUGCAGGGGCUGCCUUUUGGUGGGGUGCCCACUGUCCUAGCCCUUGAUUUCAUGUGCUUUCUUGCAUUGUUGUUUGUCUUCUCAAUUUUGCGUAAAGUUGCUUGGGACUAUGGACGCCUGGCCCUGGUGACUGAUGCUGACAGGCAUCGACGAUGGCAGACGGAGCGAGAGGAGCGGGAAUACGUAGCCUCCGCUCUGCACUCUGACAACCACGACCGCUACGAGCGCCUCACCUCCGUCUCCAGCUCUGUGGACUUUGACCAGAGGGACAAUGGUUUCUGCUCCUGGUUGACAGCCAUCUUCAGAAUAAAGGAUGAUGAGAUCCGGGACAAAUGCGGAGGUGAUGCAGUACACUACCUGUCCUUCCAGAGGCACAUCAUCGGGCUGCUGGUGGCUGUGGGUGUGCUCUCCGUGGGCAUCGUGUUGCCUGUCAACUUCUCAGGGGAUCUGCUAGAAAACAAUGCAUACAGCUUUGGGAGGACAACGAUUGCUAACCUGAAUUCUGGGAAUAACCUGCUGUGGCUGCACACAUCUUUUGCCUUCCUUUACCUGCUGCUGACAGUGUACAGCAUGCGCCGGCACACCUCCAAGAUGCGCUACAAAGAGGAUGACUUGGUGAAGCGAACUCUCUUCAUCAAUGGGAUUUCAAAAUAUGCUGAGCCAGAAAAGAUCAAGAAGCAUUUUGAGGAGGCCUAUGCCAACUGCACUGUGCUGGAAGCACGUCCCUGUUAUGAUGUGGCUCGGCUGAUGUUUCUCGAUGCUGAGAGGAAGAAAGCUGAGCGCGGGCGAAUCUACUUCACCAACCUGCAGAGCAAGGAGAACACCCCAUCCAUGAUCAACCCCAAGCCCUGUGGUCACCUGUGCUGCUGUGUCAUCAGGGGCUGUGAGGAGGUGGAAGCCAUUGAGUACUACACUAAACUGGAGGAGAAACUCAAAGAUGACUACAAGCGGGAGAAGGAGAAGGUGAAUGAGAAGCCUCUGGGGAUGGCCUUUGUCACCUUUCAUAAUGAGACUAUCACAGCCAUAAUCCUCAAAGACUUCAAUGCUUGCAAGUGCCAGGGCUGUGCAUGUCGCGGGGAGCCCAGGGCCUCGUCCUGCAGUGAAUCUCUGCACGUUUCCAACUGGACUGUCAGUUAUGCCCCUGACCCACAAAACAUUUACUGGGAACAUCUCUCCAUCCGGGGCUUCAUUUGGUGGAUCCGCUGCCUGGUGAUCAAUGUGGUCCUCUUCAUCCUCCUUUUUUUCCUCACCACCCCUGCAAUCAUCAUCACCACUAUGGACAAGUUCAAUGUCACCAAGCCUGUGGAGUACCUCAAUAACCCCAUCAUCACUCAGUUCUUUCCGACUCUGCUGCUGUGGUGCUUCUCAGCUCUCCUGCCCACCAUUGUGUAUUACUCUGCCUUUUUUGAAGCGCACUGGACCAGAUCUGGAGAGAACAGGACCACCAUGCACAAGUGUUACACGUUCCUCAUCUUCAUGGUCUUGCUGCUGCCUUCACUGGGCCUGAGCAGCUUGGAUGUGUUUUUCCGCUGGCUGUUUGACAAAAAAUUCCUUGCUGAAGCUGCAGUGCGAUUUGAGUGCGUGUUCCUGCCAGACAAUGGGGCCUUCUUUGUCAACUAUGUCAUCGCCUCUGCUUUCAUUGGGAAUGCCAUGGACCUGCUGCGCAUCCCUGGCUUGCUCAUGUACAUGAUUCGCCUUUGCCUGGCCCGCUCAGCCGCUGAACGGAGAAACGUCAAGCGACACCAGGCCUACGAGUUCCAGUUUGGGGCCGCUUAUGCGUGGAUGAUGUGUGUAUUCACUGUGGUCAUGACCUACAGCAUCACUUGCCCCAUCAUUGUCCCCUUUGGGCUCAUGUAUAUGCUGCUCAAGCACCUGGUGGACCGCUAUAACCUGUACUACGCCUACCUGCCUGCCAAACUGGACAAGAAGAUCCAUUCAGGUGCUGUGAACCAAGUAGUGGCAGCCCCCAUCUUAUGCCUCUUCUGGCUUCUCUUCUUCUCCACCAUGCGUACAGGGUUCUUGGCCCCAACUUCUAUGUUCACUUUUGUGGUUCUUGUGAUCACCAUUGUGAUCUGCCUAUGUCACGUCUGCUUCGGGCACUUCAAAUACCUCAGUGCUCACAACUACAAGAUUGAGCACACAGAGGUGGAUGCCACAGAAAGCAGGCAGAACGGGAGACCUGCCACCAACCUGCCAGCUCCCAAAUCCGCUAAGUAUAUCGCCCAAGUGCUGCAGGACUCCUCCCCAGAGGGCGAAGCAACUGAAUCGGAGGAGCAGGGAUCACAGGAUGAGGAGCUCAUCACUACUGAUGGCAUGAAUGACACGGAUUUCCAGUCGUGUGAGGACAGCCUGAUAGAGAAUGAGAUCCGCCAGUAGGGACUGCAGAGGGAGGGCAGGAGGGAGGGAAGGGAUGGAGUCCCAGGAGCAGGGCAGGCUGCGCCCACUGCAAGCAGGAGAGAGAAAGCGUAGGGAGCUCAGAGCUGAGGGGGCCAGCCGCUACUCUCGCCCACCUCCAGGGCCACUACCUUCAGCGAGGGCAGGGGCCCUGCUGCCAGCUCUCCAUUUCCCUGCCUCCAC